AUGAACGAAGACAAACAGAAGCCCGUCAUUCUGCUCGUGCAUGGGGCAUGGCAUCGACCCUUCCAUUACCGUUCUCUCAUCGACGCACUCAACACCAAAGGCUUCACAGUGCUUGCCCCGCCUCUCGCCAGCUCCGGUUAUGAUGACUCCGUUGACGGAAAAACGUACCAUGACGAUGUGAAGCGCAUUCAUGGGGUACUCUUGCCAGUCUUGGACUCUGGUAGAGCUGUCAUUGGUGUCGGCCAUAGCUAUGGUGGAGUGCCUCUCACUGCGGCGAUUCAAGGCCACACUAUUGCUGAGCGAACUGCUGAAGGCCUCGAGGGAGGUAUUGCGUCGGCCAUAUAUAUCUCGCCAACGCCUAUUUUACAGACGGGGAUUUCCAUGUAUGAAGCUGGAGGGCAUCAAUGGAAGACGAGCUGGUUUCACGAUAAUACACGCCUCCCUCUGAUAUCGGACAAGGCAAAGGAUGCUUUCUACUCAGAUGUUGAUCAACCUGCCAAGGACGAGGCUUGGGCGCAUGUCUGCCACCAGAGCAAAGCUCCAUUCGAGGUCCCCAUCGUCUGCACGCCCACAGAAUUGAAUAUCCCCAAAACUUACAUCGUUUGCGCAAACGACAAGAUUUUUGCGAAGGAGGUGCAGCUAUUCAUUGCAGAGAAAUGGGGAGCCACGCCUCUCGAGAUCAAGUCAGGCCAUAGUCCGUGGCUAGUGGAUUCUCACAGAGACUGGCUAGUCGAGGUCAUUGCUGAACAAGCAGCCAAAUUGUAG